AUGGAGUCGAAGAAUCGCUGGAAAGGAUUGAUGAAGUCCUUUGGGAGACAUAUUGAUCCUGAGAAGGAAGAUCAAAUAGAAUGUGUAAAAAUAGAAAUUGAGAAUAAAGUAAGAAGAAUUCUUAAACUCGUCAAAAUCGCGGAUCAAGGCAAUAGGGAGAAUAGGAUGAAGAUAAAGUCAAAUCUUAUCCUACAGAUUGAGGAUUUCCACGAGCAGUACCAAUCCCUCUACUCUCUUUAUGAAGAUUUAAGAGGAGAAGUGAGAAAAAUGGUUUUUAAGGAUAACUCAACUUCAGCAAGUGAAACUAUAGAUGAGCGGUCAGAAAGUGCACGACGAAUAGUGAAAGAUGACAGCAAAAAAAUGGUUCAGAGGAAGGGCGACUUAGAGGAUUCAGCCUCGAUCUUGAAUUCCAAGAUUGAAACCCUGUUUGCAGAAAAAAGAAAAAUGGAAGAUCGCAUUGAUUGCACGCCGAAGGAAACUAAAGAACUGAAAAGGAAGAAUUCAGAAUUGGAAGGACAGAUUUUGGAACUUGAGGCAAUAUCUAAACAGAAAGAUGAUUAUUUUUCCGCUCUUACGAAGACUUUGGAGGAAAAUGAAAAAGGCUAUAAAUAUAGAAUCGAAGGCCUCGAGGCACAAGCGAAUGAACUGCAGCUCCAAAUUAAUAAUUUGCAAACUCAGAAAGGUGAUUUGGAACAAUUGUUAUCAUGCAAAACCGAAGAAGGAUCUUCACGAGUCGAGGACUUAACGAAAGAAGUUAAUUUCCUGCAUCAGGAGGUGGAGACUAUGAGAUGCCAGAAAGCUGAAUUGGAGUUGCAACUCGAAAAAAAUUUGAAAGAAACAUCAGAUUUCCUCAUUCAGAUUGAAAAUUUGAAUGAGAAUCUGAGGAAACAAAAUUUGAAUGAGCAUGGGAUAAUUGAGGAGAAGAAAGGCCUAAAACUGCAGGUAAAAGAUUUACAACUUGAGGUUAAUUCUCUAAACAAUGAAGUUUAUCAGUCGAGGAUCGAAAAAGAUGAACUUCACAGAAAAAUUUCCGAAUUGCAAACAGAUCUUUUGAACAAGGAAAACGAGCUAUUUUCUCAGAUUGCAUCAUUUGAAGAGAAUGUUAAAUAUCUCGAUACCGAGUUGGCUGCAUUGCAAAAUGAGAGAAACAGAUUGACAUUCGAGCUGGAGACGGUGAAACAAAGUUCUUCGAUUAACAUUUCAAACAUGGAAAAGAAAAACGUCGAAUUAACUAAGAAGAUAGCAGAACAGGAGGGUAUUAUAAGCAAAAUUAAGGAUGAACAAAAACAACAGUCGAAAUCGAAUAUCCAAAUGGCGGAAAGAAAGAUAGAAGAACUAGCAAAAGAUUUUCGAAAACAGUUUGAGGACAAUCUCCGGAUCCUGGGCCGGAGAAUUCGAGUUGUAGAACAGUUAAUUGCCGAGAACAAGGAGCAUUAUCUGAAGAUGAAGGAAGAGUACGAACAAGAAAAUAAGCAACUCAAAGAAAGAUCUGGAAAAACUGAGGUUAAUGUUAAGGAAUUAUCAUUAACAGUAAAUGAUAUGCUGAAUUCAGUAGACACAGUGAGAUUAAAGUUUGAAGAACGCAAUACGAAUUUCUUGAAUAGAAUUUCCAAAGUUUCUUGUGAUCUGCAAUUUGCAAAGGAUUGGGCGAUGAGGAAAAACAAAGCAGCAAUGCUGUUGGAAGACGAUGGUAAAGUGGAUUGGAUAAUAUUGGACAAUGAUGAAGAAUAA